AUGGCCCUCUAUCCAACGCGAAAUAAAUACCCCCCUCCCUGCCCCCAGUCUCCUGAUGAAUCUAUCUCGGAACCCCCCUUGGAAGAGUACGCUGUGUCGGAUUCUUUCACCGCCAACCGCUCCCAUCUGUCAGCCACUUCAUCUCUUCUGCAUCGGCGAUCGCCCUCUGGAAAGGGUCUGUCGCGUAACGAUGCUAAUUCCGACAGGCCCAAUUCCUCAAGGAGCUCUGUGCGGAAAAGCUCACUGAGGUGUCGACAGCAGAGGCGGCCGUCAGUCACCGGCCGCCGAUCUGCUCGACAUUCCUACGGGUCUCCAAAGAUCAGGAUCGAUCGCAAUGACGAUGCUCUGGCAUACAACUCUGCCGAUUCUGCUAGCAAUUCACAGCCAGAAUCGGAUCAUGUGUUCUUCCAGCCGCCUCCGAGAAUCUCCCACCGCACUUCCACUCCGCCACCAAAGACCAUGAGGUAUGAUUCUCAAUCGCAUAUGUUUCUCCACAAGCAGCCGCAUGUUGGGGGAUCGUCUGAGGAUACUACAUGCGCCAUGCUUCGGGAGCCAGAGACUCAUCCCAUCACGGCGGAGCAGCUAGCCACUGAGUCCAAGGGCAUCUAUUCUGGCUUGGUCAUGGUGGAGAAGAAAUGUAUUGACAUCCAUAAGCAACAGUCGCAGUCUGGGAUUCAAUUCACUAAGCUCCAGUGGCAAGCACUGACUGCGAUACAUCGAACACUGCUGCAUGAGCACCAUGAUUUCUUCUUAGCCUCCCAGCAUCCUUCAGCGAGUCCAUAUCUGAAAGGCUUGGCAGAGAGUUUCGUCAUGCCAGCUCGGAUGUGGCGAUAUGGGAUCCAUUCCUACCUUGAACUGCUGCGGAAUAGAUUGCCGGACUCCUAUGAACACAUGCUUACUUUCAUCUACCUGGCCUACUCCAUGAUGACCUUGUUGCUGGAGAGCGUGCCAAAAUUUGAAGAGAUCUGGAUCGAAUGCCUGGGUGAUCUGGCAAGAUACCGCAUGGCAGUAGAAGGGCAGGAUAUGCAGGGCCGUGAGACCUGGGCUGGAGUUGCCCGGUACUGGUAUAAUAAGGUUGCUGAUAGGAAUCCCCAAAAUGGCAGGAUCCAGCAUCACCUUGGCGUGCUUGCACGGCCGGACGAUAUCCAGCAGCUCUUCUACUACACCAAGUCCCUUGUCAGUGUUGAGCCUUUCAUAAACACCAAGGAUAGCAUCUGCCUCCUGUUCAACCCUCUGUUAGAAAGGCUGGAAGCGCAGGGGAAUUACGAUCAAUGUCAAGCACCAUCUGCAUUCAUUGGCACUCAUGGCAUUCUCUUCACUAAAGGUUGUACAGGUGAAUUCAAAAUUUUGGGCAAUUGUUUCUUGUCACAGUUUGAUGCUUACAUUGGCCAUGUUGGUUCCUCAUUCCGGCUGCAGGGUGCCUACAUCAUGUCAUGCAAUUUUGCUGCUAUUCUUGAGUAUGGCCAUGCAAAUGCUCUUCUACCCGCGGAGUUCAAUUCAAAGGCGCUACGUGACAUCCCUUUCCAGGAGACCUAUAAAUCUGCCACGGAGUAUUGGCGCUCUUCUCAACCAGCUGUGGAUCCUUCAUUUGACUCCCACUUCCAGUUCAUCUCCUAUGCCUCUUAUUUUGCAUUCCUGUCGUUAUCUACAAUCCUUCUUCGAGGUCAUGAUGCGAAUAUUUUUCCUGCCGUUGAUUUGUCUCUGUCAUUUAUCUGGUGCUCAGCGCUUAACUGCUGCAGCAAAAUGAGGUAUAUUGAAGAUGCAGUACCGUGGAACAGACUGGCUUCUUUCCUCAACUCAUUACUCCGGCAUGCAAAACUAGGGAAGAUGGACCUUAUUGAGUGUGAAGUCUUCCCUAUUUUUAACGAAGGGGCUAUUCAGCAGCUUCCGGAGGACUUUAUCAUACGUGGACAGGCAUGGGCCCAUCCGUACUUCCCUACGGGUUUCUUCGAUAAAAUGGAGGAAGAUACACGAACUAUUGAAUUCCCAUACUUUACUCAGGCACGAGUGAUGAGGUGCAUAUGGCUUGGAGGGAGGAUUGCAAGCUUCAAUCGCUGGUUGAGUUAUGAUUUCCUAUCCGGAAGCUUUACGGUUACCCCCUACGCCCUGCAGCUUGAAAAACUAGCAAAGCAAAACAAUCCUUUCAGGGUUUCCUUUGCGUAG